AUGUGUGACCACGGGCAUAGUCAUGGAGGCUGCGCAGGAGAAGCUCAGCAGUCUACUACACCAAUCGUAAUGAGAUAUGACAUGCAUCAAUUUGUAGAUAAGGACAAGGUUACUGUUCUUAACGAAGCCCAGGAUGGUACAGGGAAACUUGUCUUUAAAGAUAUGGAGUCGAGACUGGAUAGGUCAACGUUCGUGUUGAGUGACUGUGAUGAAGAGCUACUGUUUAAUAUUCCAUUCACCGGACAUGUGCGUCUAACAGGACUAUCUAUAAUUGGCGAGGAAGAGUCGUCUCAUCCGGCUAUAAUCCGGCUCUUCAAGGAUAAACCGGCGAUGUCUUUCGACGACUGUUCAAUUGAAGCUGAUCAAGAAAUCAGUUUAAAAAUGGAUCCACAAGGUCAAAUCGAUUAUCCUUUGAAAGCUUCCAAGUUCACCAAUAUUACUCAUUUGUCUGUACAAGUUACCAAGAACUUCGGAUCCGAUGAGACGAAAGUUUUCUACAUCGGUUUGCGUGGCGAAUUUCAACACGACUUCCGUCAGAGAGUUGCGAUUGCUACAUACGAAGCUCGCGCUAUUCCUGAAGACCACAAAGGUGAGAUUCCUGAAGGAAAUCAUUUUGAAAUGAUGUGA